CGACAUCCAGAGCACUUUCGCUUCGUCUGCUUGCGCUCGUGUGGACACACCGGAGAAAAAAAAAAGAAAAGCAUCGGUAGACAUGGCGUUCGUCAGGCAAGCUGUUCUCCUGGUCGCCCUCGUCGCUGCCUGCUGGGCUCACCCGGACGGUGCUCCCGAGUCGGCGUGCGCCACCAUGAUUCCGGAACACAAGGACGCGGUUGGCGAAGUGGCCGGACCCGCGACGCCUUUCAAGUUGGUUCAGGACAAGAGGGACUUCAAGGCUGGAGAUGUCGUCGCCGUGACGCUUUCCUCUAGCGGCACACCCUUCAAGGGAUUCUUCGUGAAGGCCUUCGACGAGAAGAACCAGGAGAUCGGACAGUUCGAGGCCAGCCCCGAAGCCAAGGCCGUCACCAAGUGCUCCGGCGUCACUCACACGGGCAAUGCACCAAAGACCGCCGUCAAGGUCCUCUGGAAGGCGCCUGCGGGAGCCACCGGCAAGGUGCACUUCAGGGCGACUGUCGUCAUCGACUACCACAAGCACGUCAGCGGUCUUCAGAGCACCGUGGCUUGAGGUUCAUCCCAACAGUCAUUUCAACCGCACCGUGCCAUCGCGCUGACUCGUCAUUCAUAAGUUGACUCUUUGUGCGUCUCGUUAUGCGCAAAGCGUCUGCUAAGACACUAUUGGUGAAAUUGCAAUAAAGUGAGAUGUGACUACA